AUGUAUCCCAGGCGUACGAGCAACGCUCAAGGCGGCCAGAGCAGCCAAUAUGGACAAAUGCAGGUUCAGGAGAGCACGACGACGACCACCACGACCACCAAGACCGACAACACGAAGCAGGCGAUGGCCGACGCUCAGGCUGCGAUGAUGGUUGAGAAACGUGAAGCCGUUGUCAACCACUUUAUUGAGCAAGCUGCGGAGACCGGCACUCCUGAGGCGGAAGUCAUCAAGAUCCGCGACAAUAUCUAUGCUGGAAAGGCAGAUGCACUGGUCAAGCAACAGUGGGAGCUCAUCAAGUCUGGUAAGACUGCAAAGGCAAAGGCACAUGCACCUGCGCAAGCUCAACAGCCUAUGCAGCAGUAUGCGCAACCACAGAUCGGAUAUCUGCAACCACUUUACCAAGGGUACCAGCAGACAGCCCCGCCUAUGCAGCAAACAGUGCAGUAUCAGCAGCAGCCUCAGCAGGCGUACCAGCAGAUCACGGCUCCCACGUCGCAGAACACUUCGUAUACUCAACCAAGGCACCAAGGACACCAGCAGGUGACUCCGCCAGCACAACAGAUAGCGGCCUAUCCACAGCAAGCGUGUCAAGGCGCUCAACAAAAGGUGGCUCAUCAGGUGGCCGUCGCCAAACAGGUGCCACAAGCUGCCACAUACUUGCAGCAGCCGACCAAGAGCAAGAGCAAGCAGAAAGCGGCUUCUCCACCUGCACAGCAAUAUGCCCAGUACCAACAGUACCCGCAACAACAGCAACAACAGCAACAACCGCAACAACCGCAAGGUAGCACUGCCCUACAGGCCUACCAUCAGCAAGCUACUCCAGCAGCUUCGAGGCAGAGCGCAGCCCAAAAUGUCGAGCCGUACGGUGGCUACAUGGUCCAACAGACGACCACAACCACGACGAGUUGCUCGUCUGACGGCGGACAGCAGAAUCGAGUGCAGCCUGACAACGCGACUUGUGCCCAGCAGCUGUAUGCUGAGCAGCCAACUCAGCAGCGGCUUCAAGCAGCCGGCGCGCAGCAAGGCUACACACAGCAGCCCACACACCAACAGCUGCAGGAUGCAAGUCAGCCACUGCAGCUGACGCAGAGCCCGCACGACCCGCACUUGAUUGCGCCGUACACCCAACAGAUGCAGGUCGCGCAACAACUCGCACUUGCUCAACAGCAGGCCCAAUUGGCAUAUGCAGGGCAGCAGCAGUACUCGCCUCACGGGCAGAUCGCAUAUACAUCACCAGGCCAGCAGCAAGUGGCGAGCCAGCAGCAGUAUCAGAUGACUGCUGUGUCUCAAUAUGCUCCUUAUCCGCAGUAUAACCAGCAGCAACUCCCGGCGCUUGCUUCGAGCUCGACGGCUGUGGCGAGUUCAUCGAAGCCAGUCAAGCAUUCGAGACAUGACAAAGAUAAGAAGGAGAAGAAGGAAAAAAAGAACAAAGAGAGAAAAGGCAAGAAGUGA